GUAUACGAGGCAAACAUGUUGUGCAGGAUAACCAACUCACCAGAGGCUGAUGUGUUUGUGGUGUGGGCCAAAUGUGAGGAGGAUGGCAUCAUCCGGGCCUUUGUGCUUGAAAAGGGCACUCCAGGCCUGACAGCACCUCGCAUUGAGGGCAAGUUCUCACUGCGUGCCUCAGCCACUGGUAUGAUCAUCAUGGAAGAUGUCACCGUUCCUGAGGAUGCCCUCUUGCCAGCAUCACGGGGCCUCAAGUCAACAUUCCAGUGCCUGACGAGUGCCCGAUAUGGCAUCUCAUGGGGUGCCCUAGGUGCUGCCGAGUUCUGCCUUGAGACUGCACGACAGUACACUCUCGAUCGGCAUCAGUUUGGCCGCCCCCUGGCAUGCAAUCAGCUAGUGCAAAAGAAGCUGGCUGACAUGGUGACUGAGAUCUCUCUGGGGCUGCAAGCCUGCCUGCGUGUGGGUCGCCUCUUUGACCAGGGAAGCCUCUGUCCAGAGAUGGUGUCGCUGGUGAAGCGCAACUCGUGUGGCAAAGCCCUCGACAUUGCACGCACUGCCCGCGACAUGUUGGGUGGCAAUGGCAUCAGUGACGAGUACCACAUCAUCCGCCACGUGAUGAACCUUGAAGCGGUCAACACAUAUGAAGGAACCCAUGACGUGCAUGCACUGAUCCUAGGAAGAGCCAUCACAGGAAUUCAAGCAUUCUCCACAGACUAGACUG